AUGACUGGGAAUAUUGUUUAUACGCAGAUCAACGACGAAAAUAUUCCCGAUAGCUCGGCGUCACUCACUGACAAUGACAUUAUUGUCACUCCAAUAUUUGAAGUCAAAAAAGAAAACUCGGACUUGGAAGAAGCAAAAGCUGAUUACAUAAAGAAAUCAAUGCAAAGGAAUUCAAAUAAAAAUUUAGAAAAAAUGGUUGUUAAAGAAAAAAAUCCUAAAAUUCGUUUUGAUUGCAAUCGAAUAUUAAUAUUUGAUCAAGAUAAAGAAGUUUCCAAAAGUGGUAUCCAAAAGAUUUUAACUAAAUCAAGUUCAUCUCAAAAAUCUAUCUUGAAAAAGAGAGAAGACGAUAUUGAAGAUAAACUAUAUCCUCAAGAUGAUGAGAUUACACAAAUUGUGAAAAGAAUGUUCACUUUAUGUGGUGUCAAUUUAAAACACAUAGAAGGAAUCUCUUUUAAGGAACAGCUAGAAAGACUAAGUGUUUCUAUCACAAAUGCAUUUAAUACAAAAGAAAUGUGUUCGAAGUACAUAAAGCAAAAAUUGGAAUCUCAACUGAAUGAUAAAAUAUUGGAACAACAGGAGACGGUCAAAUAUUGGAAAAACUUAUUUGAUGAAUCGACGGUAAGAUUAAAAGAAUUGGAAAAAUCUCAAAUUCAAAUGGCAAGUGGAAAAUUAAAGGAAACAGUUCAAGAACAACAAAAGCUAGCAGAACUUAAUAGCUCUUUAAAGAAUGAACUAGCUGAAACGAAAUUAGUUUUAAAAGAGGCUAAAUGUAAUUUAGAAUUUACAAGAGCUAAACUUAUUGAGUUCGAUAAUAAUAAUUCUGCUUAUAGAACAGAUCUUCAAAAAAAUAAAAAAACCUUGAAAGCUAUGGAAGAUAGAAUUAAGGAAAAAGAAGAAAAAAUUAGGGAACUAGGUGACAGCGAAGAAAAGUUUAAGAAAUGUAACAAGAAAUUAUCGGCAAAUUGUGAAAUUCUGGAACAGAAAGUUAGCGCUUUAAAUGUUCAAAAUAUUUUGUUGUCUGAAAUGAAUGAAACCUUUACACAGACGAAUUCUGAGACGCUAAAAAGAUUGCAAGUGACAGAGUUCGAAAGUGAAAACAUCAAAAAUGAAUUUGACAAAACAAAAUCAGAGCUAACAUCUUUGAAAAAAAAGCUAUCAAAGGCAAAUAAGAAAAUAGUUAGCAAAGAGGUAGAUUUGAAAAAUCUUAGACAAGAUAACGAGCUCACACAAGACAAAUUAAUAGAGGUGAACCAAGAAUUAGGUGUCUUGAAAAUGAAGUAUUGUCAAUUAUCAAAGGACAUUGAAGAGAAGAUCGGAGAGAUAUCUUAUUUAAAAAGAGAGAAUGCAGGUUUAUCUCGUAUUAUUGAAAACCUUCAGGAUAGAUAUACCAAGUCAGAAAGGCAAAAUAAAUUGCAAAGAACAAAAUAUGAAGAGUUGUAUUUGGAGAAUCAAAAGGUCAAUGAAGUUGUAUCAAAAAGCAAUAAAAUAUUUAAUGGAUUGCUGCUCAAGAACCAUAAUGGUGAUAAUAUACUAGAGACAGGUAUUGAAGCUAAAAAAGCCUGUUUGAAACCACUAAAAAUCAAUGUGCCUCACAAUAAGGAAAUACUGGCACAGUAA